AUGUCCCUUACGGACAGCAUUGACGUUGACAGCAAAUCCGAGAAGCCCGUGUCCCUGAUCUGGGGAUGCGAGCUGAGCAGCGAGCGGGACUCCUACACCUUCCAGGUGCCGGAGGAGUGGCAGUGCGAGCAGCAGCUGGCCCUGCGGACGAUCUGCCUGGGGGAGAUGGCGCGGGAUGAGUUCCACGUGGUGGAGAUCGUGUCAGCCGAGGAGGGCGAUGCGAACUCCCCAGUGCCCCUCGCCACGCUGAAGCCCUCUGUGCUGCCCAUGGCCACCCUGGUGGGAGUGGAGCUGACACCUCCGGUCACCUUCCACCUGAGAGCCGGCUCUGGCCCCGUCUACAUCAGCGGGCAGCAUGUCUCCAUGAUGCCCAACCUGUCCUGGGAUGAGGAAGAAGAAGAGGAAGAGGAGGAUGCCGAGGAAGAGGAGCCAGCAGAGGAGCUCCCUGAGAAGCCCCCCAAGGGCCAAGCUGCCAAGAAGGGCAGCGCUGCCAAGAAGAGGAGGCUGGAGAAGGAGGAUGAGCUGUGA